UGUUGCUAUAUAUGACGUCAGAGUUUGUCCGCCAUAUAUUACACGUCUACAACAUUCGCGAUAUAAAAGUGAGAUUACUUUGUUAUCCGAUAUAAACAAACUUUUGUAAACAGUUCCGAAGGACGGUGCUCGAUUUCGACUCCGCGUACCAAUACAAUACGAUCGGUCGAGUAAAAAAGACGAGGCAGGAGAUAACGUAACUUGCGCAAGUGCUCAUGGGUAGUGCGGCGAUAGAGCGGCGAUAGAGCAGUUGUUCAAACGUGUCGCGUCUCGUCGAGAACGCUCUGUAUCUCGAAGGAACCGGCGUCGAGUGAGAGACAAGUCUUGAGUGGGAUAAGUCGCGAGUUGGAUCCAUUUUCCGUGAUGUAUCCGUACAUUAGGGACGUAUCACGCGCGGAAGCGUCGAGGGUCAAAUCGCCGCCCUCCUACAGUAUUCCCAGCACGAGGUUAAAGAACGUCACCUGCGUUGCCUGUAAACACAAGUUCUACGUGCCAGAUUUAUUAAAACUGAACAAGAUAGCUUUACAAAAGGGAAUUUAUAUACCUUUAUUAUUGGAAUGUGGACAUCCAAUAUGUAGUAAAUGUGCCCAGAUUGAGAAAAGUAAAAAAAGUUGCAAGUGUAAUAAUAAAAGUGUUGCUAGUGAAGACAAUAGCAGUCAGGAAUCCUUACUUCCAUUGAAUUUAUAUACACUAGGAUUGAUGGUUUCAUCAUGUAAUCGUCCAUUAGAAACUGACGAUGAAGAUUUUCUAUUUUGUCAUAGAUUAUCUACACAGUUACGUCAGAUAUCAAAGAAAGGAUGUUGCUAUGAAUGUGGAAAUCAAGCUAAUGUUAAUUGUCCGCAAUGUCUGGCUCUCUAUUGUCAUUGCUGUUACUCAAAAAUUCAUGGAAGAGCACUGCAAAGUCACACACAGGUCCCGAUAUAUGAAGGAGACCCCAAUACUCCCGCUGCAAUUUUGAAUAGCUGUUCGCCAACAUGUCACGAGACAUUAAACUAUUUUUGUAACGACUGUAAUGUGGCUUGUUGUUCUAAUUGCACUUUGCGCUCACACAAAAUGCAUGACUUUGUGGAAUUAUCAGAAAAGAACCAGACCCUAUUACCCGAGUUUAAUCAGGUUUACACAAACAUCGAGGAGACGCUGCUGCGAGUUAGCCAGACAAAAAAGAAGGUACACUCUGCCUUAGCAUCCAACAUGUACGAUCUAGUCAACGGUGAAAUCAUAGAGACGGCAAUCACUCGACAUUUCGCGUAUCUACAUGGCAUUCUUCAAAACAUGGAGACGAAAUUGAUAAGCCAAUUAUAUCAGCAGCGUGAUUCUCUCAAGAAUAAUUUAGAAGAUAUCGAUAUACAGCUUCGAUCACAAGAGGAAAGAUUGAAGGUGACGUUGCAGAUGGCUUCUUAUGCGAGACAGAGCUUUCAUAAAGUCGACAUACGAAAUGCGAUAAAUAUUUUGAAGGAACUGGCGGAUUUGCCUUGUCAUUUGAUGUAUAAAGACGCAGGUCAAAACUGUAAAGCAACGUUUAAAUUCGAUGACUCGAUCGUCGCAGCUAUAAAAGAUCAUUGCUCGAUUCAAGUGCCGCCAGUAUCGUUUUACAGUCUCGUGCGAACGGAUGAAUUACCAAAGAAUUACAUAGUGUCACCCGUUAACAAGUCGGAGCAGACAAGACUUUACGAAGAACUGCCAUUAAUGCCUUUAUCAAAGAAGCCAGUCAGUGCAUCAACAACGGAAUCUAUCAAAUCAGAAGAUAUAGAAGCACUAUAUCAAAAGAAGGAAGAUUCGAACCAAGAGAGCACUUCAGAGUGUAAGGUAGAGGUGACAUACGUUGUUAAUCCAUCAUUGUUUUUCGUUCGGAAAGUUGCCUCGAAAUCGGAAUUCAGACAAUUGGAAAAGGAUUUGACGAAAUACGGAUAUAACAGACAAAGUGCAGAACCGCCAGUUAAGCUUGAACUAGGUAACACGUGUAUUGUUAAACAAAGGAAAUUCGAAAAAUGGUUCCGAGCUUGCGUGAACGCAGUGAACACGACCGAUGACGGUGAGACGUCGUACAAUGUAUUUUACUUAGAUUAUGGCUUUGAAGAAUGUAAUAUAUCAACUUCGAGAAUACGAAACAUCGCUGAACAUUUGUUAGAAUUGCCACCACAGGCGAUUCGAUGCUGUUUGCACGGUUUAAAGCCCAAGAAGCUUCAUUGGACGAACGCGAGCACAAACGAUUUUAUGAAGUUGACGAAUAGAGCCGAUUGCUCGAUGUUUAUCAUUAAAUCUACUCCUAACAUGCUAUAUGUAGAUCUUUGUGUUAUCUCGAAGGAUAAUAAUAUGGGUCCGCAAUCGAUGUGUAAUACUAUGAAAAGUAUGGAUUACGCGCGUUUGGAGAAUUGGCAAAAUACUACGCAAAUAUUGACAAAUACUUAUGUAUAUAAAAAAGAAGAACUUCCAAAUAAGACGCCAAUACAAGUUUCUGUUAGCUGGAUUGAAUCGCCAGAUAAGAUUUAUGUCACCAAAAUUGGACGACAAGUUAAAUUUUCCAAAUUAAUGAACGAGUUACAAGAAUAUUAUAGAAAAGACAAUUUGACGAAAAUGAUCGAUUCACCUCAAGAAGGUUUACCUUGUGCUGUGCAGUUGAAAGAUUUUACUUGGCAACGUGGUGAAAUCAUUGAAAUUCUUAGUGAAAAUCAAGUCAGAGUAUUUUACGUGGAUUGUGGAUGCACUCUAGUUUUAAACUGUAAUCAAUUACGAGCGAUUCCGCAUGAGUACACCGUACUUAAUGCGCAAGCUAUAAGAAUAUCAUUAAUGUAUAUAAAACCAGAACCUGAUGGAUUGUGGAAAUCAGAGUGUUAUAUAACGCUACUAAAUAUCUUCAAGAACAUAAAAUAUGUAACAAUAACUUAUCGAAAAAAAGUGGAAGAUGGAUAUAUCGGUUGUAUUUGCAUUGAUGAUGUUGAUGUUAGUCGACAAUUAAAAAUUGAAGGCGUCGUCAAUUCGUUUCAAGUCAGCAAAUUUAAAAAUAAAUCGCCUAGGAAUCACCAAGAAUUGCCUAAUAAGUCCGCUCUUUUACCACUGGAAAAAUUCGAUAAUUCCACGAAGGAUUUGAGCGAUGAUUCAUAUGAUGAAACAGAAAACGAUGAGAAGAAACCUGUGGAGAAGAAUGAAACUAUUAAAGAUCCUUUUAAGGUGGAAGUGUCUAUACAACGAGUGAUCACACCAGAUUGCAUUUACGUCGCGCAGACGGAGCACGAGAAGUCGAACACAAAAAUGGUAUCGGCGAUGCAAAAAUUCUACGAUAUCUAUCACUCCGAAUCGCGAGAUAAUUGGAGCGAAGGCGCUCUGUGUGCCGUAUAUUCCGCGAAGGAUAAGUCUUACUUUCGUGCAAAAAUCCUAAAAAUAAAAUCCCCGACAGAGGUAUUGGUCUAUUUUUACGAUAUGGGCAUCGAGGAGACGGUGACGAUGGAGGAUAUACAGAUUUUACACAUGAAAUUCGCGAAACAGCCAACGUAUUGCUUCAAGGUUAAGCUAGCUGGUAUUUUACCGUGCGGUGGAUCAUCUACGUGGCCAUCGUUGUCUUGUGACACAUUGUUUGAUAUUAUACAAGAAAACACAUUUUGCAAAUAUUAUAUCACUAAGCCGGUUCAGGAAGAAGCUUACGAUGUGAUACCUGUUGAACUCUGGGUAAGACAAGCCAAAAUACCAGGACCAUUGGCGCCAACUAAAAUAGAGAUUAAUUCUAUCAACAGAAUGUUGGUGGAAAAGGGCGUUGCUUUACCUAUUAAAAAUUACUUUGCAAAGUCGAAUUCGAUUCUCGCAGCAGAAUUUAAACGACAGUUAGAAGAUGAUCAUCAAUUCGUGUUGACUAAGCAAGAAGAAGAAGUAAAGUGGUUUAAUAAAGAGCUUAACACUGAGCUAGACGGAACACUCUCACGUGAGAGUGAUUUGUCGUGUCAUAAUUCUAGUAUUAAUGCAUUAACCAAUUUAAACACCAAAUAUCAGAUUUGCGACUCGACGAAUCGCGAAUAUGCAGUGAAAUUUUCUGACUGGUUACCACCAAUUGAAAUAAUCGAAGAAGUAUUCCACGCUAUACCAACAUACGUGGACAAUAAAUGCAACGUGUAUCUGCAUUCUAAAAAGCACAAUGCUGAUAUACUUUCCUAUAUAGAGUCUGAACUACAAAUUCAUUAUCAAAAGGUUAAAAUAAAAAAGACUAAAGUAUGGAAGGCAGGAGAUAUAUGUAUUGCCCGAUAUCAUCAAAAUAAAAAAUGGUAUAGAGGUCGCAUUUCAAAAAAUUUAGGAAAUACAUUGAUGGUGGAAUUCGUCGAUUAUGGCAAUGUAGAAGAAUGUGAAAUACAGCAUGUGACGGAUGAUAUUAGAUUAGGACAUAUUCCUAUCCAAUCUACAAAAUGUAUCAUUAGUGGAUUAAAACCAGCAUUGUUAAAUGGUAAAUGGAUGAUACACGAUUUAGAUCGAAUACAUGCGCUUAUUGUCGACCAAGAAUGCAAAGUAUCUAUUUUACAGCGACAACCUGCAAAUUUAAUUGUAUCAAUAACAUUAUUGCGGCCAUGGAAAUGUGAUCUACUAAUGUAUCUUGCAAAUCACAUGGAUAUGAAAAUUAAAAUCGAACGUAAAGAAUGGAAUGAUUCUGAAACUUUUGAAAGCGAAGCCAUAAGAUCGGAUUCUACCAGCAAAGACGUUACUAUUGAGAAAACGAAUGACGAACUAUACACAGCUAAUGCUUCAAAAGAAUCUUUAUCAGAAUUAUAUACGCAAAAUUCUACAUUUAACGAAAAUGUGAUCAGCGGUAAUUGUGCAGAAAUAGAAUCUUUGAAGCUUGAAUCGUUUAAUAUAUCUAUUAAACAGACCGAUUUUGAAAAUAUAUCCUGGAUGGACGCAAUUAUCUUAGACAAGCAAUUAAACGCCUGUUCAACACCGCAACCACAAGAAGAAGAAAAAGAUUUUUUGGAUAUAUAUGAACAAUUGACAAUUCCACAAGAGACGAAGUAUAUUGAAUUAAUAUUAUGUUGCAAUAGAGAUCCUAUUACUUCAUACGCGCAAUUGGCUGAAAACAACGACGCCAUGUUUUCCAAUGUGUUUCAUGAUUAUUAUCUGCAAUAUGAGGUUAUAAUGUCAGACUUGCAAAUCAGUGCUAAUCAUCAACCAUUAAUUGAAUCUUUUGAAAAAAAUACUCCAUGCAUAACAAAAUUUUCUGAUGAAAUAUGGUAUAGAUGCAUCAUCACAAAUAGUCAACUUUCGGAUUCUCAAUCCAUAGAGGUUUCAUUAUAUUAUGUUGAUUAUGGUAACCAUGAAUGGAAAACAUUGGAUUUACCAAACCAUGGUUUACAUGUACCAAAAGAAAAAUGGUUAGAAUUGCCCGCUAUGGCUAUUAAAUGUAAAUUUUGGGGACUAAAUUUUGUUUCUGAUGACACUACUUUAUUAGCAUCAAAAUUGGACGAAAUAUAUAAUCAAACAGUUGUGGCUCGAAUUAAGGAAAUUAGUAAUGGGAAUAACAUAGUGGCAGAAAUAUACAAAGAUAAAUCAUGUAAAGAACUCUUUUAUGCUGAUUUGAUAAAAGAAGGUUUAUAUCAAUUUAAGAAUCCUGAAGAAGACUAAGAAGCAGCAGUAUUAACAAUCUA